AUGGUUAUUCCUGACUCUUCACUGCUUAUUGCUAAUGAACGCAAGAAUGGAAAUUUUGACCCAAGAUCAAUGCAUGAAUUUAUUGAAGGAUCAAAGGAAAAAUCUAGGCAAAUUCUUGAAAUUUACCAAUCAUUAGAGAGAGAUCCUGAUUUGGCUUCUAGGUGUGGCGAAUAUGACGACUCUAAUGAAGAAGAGAGAGAAAAGGUUGCGAAAAGAAUAAUUAAAAUGUCAAAAUACUUGGAAUCAGAAGAUACGGAAAAAUUUUGGAGAAGAUUGAAUUUAGUCACAGUUUAUGAUCCCUCUUUAGGUAUUAGAAUCAGCGUCAACUUAGGUUUAUUUUUAAAUUGCGUUAAGGGAAACGGCACUGAAUCGCAGUAUAAUUACUGGGCGAAAUAUAAAGAGGCAGGCAUUAUUAAGCAAAUUUACGGUUGUUUUGGUAUGACAGAACUUGCCCAUGGCUCUAAUGUUGCUGGAUGCGAGACAACGGCUCAUUUUGAUGAAGUAACUGAUGAAUUUGUGAUCAACACUCCACACAUAGGUGCAACUAAAUGGUGGAUUGGUGGUGCUGCACACUCUUCGACUCACUGUUCUGUUUAUGCAAGAUUAAUUGUCGAUGGAAAGGAUUAUGGAGUCAAGACCUUUAUUGUUCCCUUAAGGGACUCUAAUCAUGAUCUAUUACCUGGUGUUGCUGUUGGGGAUAUUGGGGCUAAAAUGGGGAGGCAUGGUGUAGAUAACGGUUGGAUUCAAUUCUCAAAUGUCAGAAUUCCCAGAUUCUUCAUGCUACAGAAAUGGUGCAAGGUCUCGAGGGACGCUAAAGUGACGCUACCUCCAUUAGAGCAAUUGUCAUAUAUUUCAUUAUUAGGAGGAAGGGUGUAUAUGGCCACAGAUUCCUAUAGAAUUUGUGCUCGGUUCAUCACAAUUGCAACGAGAUAUGGUGUCGGAAGAAGACAAUUUAAAAUGGAUGCGAAAGAUUCUGUUGAGUGCCAAUUAAUGGAUUAUCCUCUUCACCAAAGAAGAUUAAUUCCAUACCUAGCACUUACUUACGCGAUGGCUAUGGGCACAAAUAAAUUGGAGGCACAACACGGAAGGAUUGUUAAUGAGCUAGAGGAUGGAAUCAAGAGAAAUGACAAAAAAGCGAUUAAUAAAGCUAUAAGUGAAACGAAAUCAUUAUUUGUUGACAGUGGGUCUUUAAAAUCAACCCUUACAACGCUAGCUGCAAACUGCAUCGAUGACACUAGACAAGCAUGCGGUGGACAUGGUUUUUCGAAUUACAAUGGCUUCGGAAAAACUUAUGACGAUUGGGUGGUCCAAUGUACGUGGGAAGGAGAUAACAAUGUUUUAGCAAUGUCAGCAGGGAGAGCUGUGAUCAAGGAUUUAAAAAAUGCAGUUGAACAAAAGCCAAUUAACAUAAAGUUUUUGGAUAAGGAUUUCUCUUCCAAUGACUUGAUCUUGUCGGAUCUCACGCCGAAGAAUAUUUUGGAUGCUCUCGAAUUUUGCAUGGUUCGGUUGGGAGCUUCACUAUUAGAGACGUUGCAUGAAAAUGGAUGGAGAUUUGACUAUGUCAGUACCGACUCUGUGAUUCUCUCAAAGCUCAGGUGUCAUCAUUAUGUCCUUGAGGCUUUUAUUGAACAAGUCGAUAGCAUUAGUGAUCCAAAUAUUGGAGAGCAUUUGAGUAAUAUUUUAAGAUUAUAUGCUCUAACUAGUGUUGUGGAACAAUUUAGUAGUAUAUUCAUGGUUUACAACAUCAUGGAUGCUCGCACCAAGAAGUUAGCAAGUCGCAAGUUAGUCCCAGAGCUCUUGGGAAGAAUUAGACCUUUUGUAAUCCCUUUGACAGACUCCUUUCAACAAUCUGAUAAUUUGUUGCACUCGGCAAUAGGCAAGUACGACGGGGAUAUUUACGAAAACUACUUUAAAAUCGUUAAAGAUCAAAAUCCAUCGAAUGCAAACUCCAAAGCUUCUUAUUCGGAACAAUUCGAAAGUUUUUUGAACAGACCUCUGAAAGAUGUUAGAAAUAGACUUGAAAGGACUUCAGAAGUUGCUGAUAUCCUUUCAAAAUAG